AUGUUUGAAGUAGUGGCUUCACAAGACUUAUGGAUUUGGGAUGCAUUCUUUGGGGUAGCGGGUCCAAACAAUGAUAUUAAUGUGUUGAACCAAUCUAAUGUCUUCAACGACGUUCUGCAAGGACGAGAUCUCGAGAUUCAUUAUACAAUCAAUCGUACUGAAUACAAUCAGGGCUAUUAUCUAUCAGAUGUUAUUUAUCUUGAAUGGACCAUGUUUGUAAAAAGUAUCCUGAUGCCACAAGGGGAUAAGAGAAUUUUUUUUGCCCAACAUCAAGAAAAUUGUCUCCAAUCCCGAUUUACGAUCAUACGUAACCCAACACGACCUUUGAACUUAGACACACUCCAACGCAUAAUGAAUACAUGCAUCAUAUUACACAACAUGAUUGUUGAAGAUGAACGUGCAACAUAUGGUGGAAAUUUCGAUUUUUCUUAUGAUCAUUUGAGUAAUGAUGCGAUAAUAUUGCCAAAUGAUUCUAAUAUUGAUUUUCAAGAGUUCCUACUUAGAAGAUUUGAUGUUCGUGAUAAACAAAUUUAUCGACGCCUUCAACAAGACUUGAUAGAAUAUAUAUGGCAACGUUAUGGACAUGAGAAUAACAACAAUUGA